UUGGAUUGUGGAAUCUCCUAAAAAUUAAUUCAAUCAAAAAACAUAUUUCCUCAGUUUGCAACAGUGAUUAAUAACAUUAAACAGUGAAAAUGGGUCUAAAAGAGUGUGAAAUUAAAUUGGAUUCACAAAUCAACACGUAUUAUGCUGGACAAACUGUUAAUGGAACCGUUACCUACACUUUCGACUCGCCGAAAAAGGUCCGAGGCAUUAAAAUAAAGUUUUUGGGCGAAGCUAAAACGGAAUGGACGGAAUCAGAAUCGGUCAAAAAUGAUGAAACGGGAAAAACAGAAGAGCGUCGCAAUGAAGUGACUGGAAAUGAAGAAUAUUAUCAAAUUACUUACUAUUUAAUGGGCGGUGUCAAUUCUGCUGAAACUGAGCUGCCUGCUGGUGCUCAUUCCUUUCCAUUCACAUGUGCAUUACCUCCACAGCUCCCAAGUAGCUUUGAAGGGGAAUUCGGCUACGUUCGUUAUACAAUUAAAGUUACUUUAGAUCGACCAUGGAAGUUUGAUCAGGACACAAAAAUGGCAUUCACGGUAAUCUCACCUGUUGACUUGAACAUGAUGGAAAAAGCACGCGAGCCUUUCAAGCUUCCAAUGGAAAAGACAUUCUGCUGUUGGUGCUGUGCAUCUCAGCCAUUAAGUGUCAUCGUAUCAGUUCCAGUAACAGGCUAUGUAUCUGGGCAAUCAAUUCCGAUUAUUGCAGAAAUUGACAAUCAAUCGAACGUGGAUCUUGAGAAAGUCAAGUUCCAGUUUAGAAAGCAUACAGCUUUCCAUACAACAUCACCGAAAAUGACUAAAAAUGUGGUGAAUUCAAUCGGAGAACUUGCAUUGGGUCCAUUUAAUAAAGGCGAACAACGAACAAUUAGACAAAGCUUGGAAAUUCCUCCACUUCCGGGAUCAAAUAUGAUGAAUUGUGGCAUUAUUGACUUACAUUAUGACUUAUUCGUUGUUUGUGAAGUUUCUGGAUUCCACACAAACUUGGAUGGAGUCAUUCCUAUCACAAUUGGAACGAUUCCAUUGAAAGACUACACUCCACAACCACCAUCAAAUCAACAAUCAUUUGACAUUUCUAUGAUGCCUACACAGCCAGUCUCGCCUGAAACUUCAGGAGGUGCCGUUGGAUGGAAUAUGGGCGAUAAUUCACUUUAUCCAAAUAUUCCACCACCAACAUUCAGUGAAGCUGAUUUCCAUGCAAAAUCUAUUAAAGAUAAGCAUGAUAAUGAACAUACACGAUUAAUUGGCAAUCAAGAAUCAUUUGCACCACGCUAUCCUGUUUAUACAUACCAACCAACUGCUCCUAGAAUGGAUUAAACAAGUGAUGACAAAAUGAUGCUUAAUGAAUGAAUAAUUUUUGAGGUAUUGAAGAUGAUUGAAGUUUCUUGUGGAAAUUGUUGAAUCUCUAAAAGUCGUUUAAAUUUUGAUUUUUUUGAACCGUUAAAAUUUGAAUUUUUUUGAACCGAUAAGAUUUAAAUUUUUGAAAACCGUUAAAAUUUGAAUCUUCA